AGCGCGCGCCAGAGCCUGGCCAUACGCCGCCAUAAAUACCGUAUUUGCACGUUGAGCCAGUGAUUUUGGCCGCUAUACUCUCACUGCCAAUGCCUGCCUAGAGAAAUCAGCGUGGUGAUAGGCAAACAUGCGCCUGCUGGCCGCCGCGCUGGUCAGCACAUCCGCGCUCCUGGCGCCGCGCGCGCCGUCGCCGCGCAAGACCAUCACGAGGACGACGCGCCGCCACGCUCACGUCGACGACGAGGCCUGCCGCACGCAGCUGAAGCGCCGCGCGGCCAUCGCGGCGUUCACGUUGUCACUCACACGAACAGCGAACGCCGUCGAAUUAGUACAACCGGCAACCGCCGACGACCGCGCCCCGACGCUGAACUGGGCCGGCGGCACGCCCUUCUCGGCGACGGCGAAGCAGAUCGUCGACGGCUAUUAUGGCCCAGAAUUCGUGACCUACUUGUCUCGUUUCCUGCUCAACUUCGACGGCGACUGUUCAAAUUGGUGGGCCCAGCAGGAGCGGGCCGUGCCCGCGUCCUACGACAAGAAGCGGCGUACUGCCUUUCUGGCGGCGAAAUUCGGGACGUUUACGAGUUCUGUCGAAUACGGUCUGAGGAGGUAUCCCGGUAGUAGUGGUAGGAAAGCGUUGCUAGAUAAACUCACGCAGCAGCACGGCUUCGAUCCGGAGCGACGGCGGCACUUAGCUUUGGCAUUUACGUUACUGGCGCCCGACAGGCAACCAGUGCGAGGCAUCAAGGAUCUACUGGUAGGCGUUCCGGUCUACGGGAAGAGGGGAGGCGGCGUCGGGGCGUUGCUGCCGCCGGCCUUUUCGCCCGGUUUGGCUGAUUAUCUAUAUGCGGAUCCACUGGCGUUACUACCUCGCACGCAACUCCCAGUCCUGGAUUCCACGAAAAAGGCCUUUGAGAUCCGCGGUUUAGCCCCGGUACUAGCGUCCCAAUCCUCGGUCUUCGGCGACAAGGGCAAGAAGGCCGUGACUAUAGAAAGGCCUUUAGAGCUAGGAACGUACGCGUCGUUCGCGGUCGCCGGCUUACUAGGCUGCUCGGCGACGCACGCUGUUUUAGUGCCGAUUGAUGUGGUCAAGACGAGGCAGCAGACGGAAGCAGAACCGGACUCCAUUGGGAGUGCUGCUAUCAGAAUAUACGAGAAUGAAGGCUUGUCGGCGCUGUUUCUCGGCGCCGCGCCCACGUUAGCUGGCUACUGUUAUUAUGGACUGACGGUCUAUCCUGGAUAUGAAUAUUUCUCGAGGACGUUGAGUACGCUAGUGGCGCCCUCGCAAGCCAUUGAAUUUCGCGCCGCCAUCGUGUUACUGGCCGGUGCCCUAGCUACACUAGUAGCGUGUGUUGGGGUGUGUCCAGCCGAAGCCCUACGAAUCCGAGUCGUAGCGGAUCCGCAACGCUUCGAGGGAGACAACCUGUUCGGCAUGGCGGCACGGGUAUCAAGGGAAGAGGGCAACGUGCUAUACAACGGGUUUAGACCGUUAGUGGUCCGCCAGGUCAUCUUCGGCAUGGUCAAGUUCUUCUUUUUUGAUAGCUUGGCCGACGCGAUCUUCCAAGCGGCGCCCUCGCUCGAGGCGACGGCUGGGAGUCGUCUAUUCGUCUCGUUCCUCGCGGGCCUCGCGGCGGGCACGGCGUCCUCAUUAGUCUCGCAGCCCGCGGACGCGGUGUUGUCGCGCGUGAAUGCGAGAGGAGGCCAGUACCCCGUGGUCCAGGCCUUCGCAGACAUCCUCGAGGAGGAGUCCUUCGCGGGGUUCUACCGCGGGGCGCUGGCGCGGUGCGCGUGGAGUGGCCUGGUGAUCUCGGGGCAGUUCGCGAUCUACGACGUGCUCAAGUCGCUGUUCGCCGUCGCGGGGCCGGACCUGACGCUGCACCUGGAUUUGGCGCUCUGAUCCUUGGCGCGGAGCCGGCGCCUCCCUGCCACUGGCGUGACCGCGCGUGCGCCCCAAGUGUCUGCUUAACCAC